AUGGAAUCAAAAGUUGACAAUAAAUAUUGCCGGCUUUGCUUCAGGAGCUCUAAAAGUGAUAAAAUGUUUGCACUUGAUCAAAUGUAUAUUGUGCUCAUCAAGUUGUUAGCUAGAACCAAUGUAAUUUUGAGCGGCAAAAGUUACAUUUGCUCGAGUUGUGCGAAUGUAUUGAUCAUGGCCAAUAUGUUUAGAAUUAAAAUUAUUGAAAGUAAUGCCGUAUUUCAAGAGCUACAAGAAUCUAAAAUCGAAGCAUUCGAAAUGGAGAAUUUUUCGAGUCAACCUUUCAUUCAUAGAGAAGACACUGAUUACAGUCAUUACGAAUGUCUCAACGAAGAUUUGGAAGACUUUUCACAACAGCUCACCGACGAAGAUCAAUCAAAUGAAGAUAUGUCAAAAGAAAAAAAUGUCGAAGGGACUCAGACACCACUCAUUACUGAACUUUCCGAAAAAUAUCCAAGCAGUGACUUUGAUGAUUCUGAUUUCGAAUGUAGUUCAAUAAAGUUUGGAGAACCGUUGAACACUCCAUUCUCACACACUUAUCUAAAAUGUUGCGAGUGCCAGUUCAAAUGCAUAACUACGGCUGAAAUGCAGCUGCACGUGGAAAUUGUGCAUCGUACCGUUAGUAACGUCUGCAAUAUGUGCAAUAAAAGUUUUCAAAAUGUUAAAGGAGUCAUGGCUCACAAGGAUGUUGUCCACUUCGCACACAUUUCAUACUCAAUCAAUGCGCGGAAAACGAAAAAAAAUUUAUGUGACAUUUGCGGACUGCUUGUGCGAGAUAUUAAAUUCCAUCGUGAUAUGCAUACGGGAACGGACACCAACUUCAUUUGUCAUUUUUGUGGGCACACUUCGAGAGAUAAACAUAAGCUGAAGCUUCACAUCUUUGGCCGGCAUACCAAUAUCAAGAGAUAUAAAUGUAAAUUCUGUGAAAAAGGCUUUAGCUACCAUCCAGAUAGGGCAAGGCACGAAAUAAGCAGUCAUACGAAGGCAUUCAAGUUCAUUUGUGGCAUUUGUGACAAGGGAUUCACGAAAAAGAAUUUCCUGACGGCACAUAAAAAGAGACAUGAUGAAAUCUUUUUAAAUUAAUAAACUUAAAAUGAAUAUUUCCUAACGU